AUGCAAACUUUGGUAGUAAUGGGCCGGCUGUGGAGGAGGCCCACGAGCCCACUGCAGUCGGUCGGUAGCGCAGCGCGUUCUACUCUCCUCGUCGUCUCCCCCGUCUCUCUCCCAUUCUUCCGAGGAGAAGGAAAGGACGCCGCCGCGGCCGCGAUGCUCCCGUUCGAGGAGCAGGUGGUGGCAGACCUCCUGGAGGACCCCAACGGCGGCCUGGUGGUCCUCUCAUCCGGCCUCCCGCUCGCCUCCCUCGCCUCCGCUCUCCUCCUCCAGCUCUACCACCAAUCCCCCGGCGGCUGCUUCCUGAUCCUCUCCGCUCCCGACCCUCUCAAGGACCAAAUCCGCCGCCGCCUCCUCCAACCCAACUCCCAGCCUCUCCUUCAGCUCCACGACGUGGCCCCCGACCUCCCCGCCCACCACCGCGUCGCCCUCUACGCCUCCCGCGCUGCGCUCUUCCUCUCCCCCCGCGCCCUUGUCGCCGACCUCCUCACCCACCGCCUUCUCCCCUCCCAUGUCCACGCCCUUCUCCUUCUCUCCGCCCACCGCUCCUCCGACACCUCCUCCGACGCCUUCGUGGCUCGCCUCCUCCGCCAGCACCACCUUCUCCCUGUCUACGCCUUCUCCGAUCGCCCCCACGCCAUGGUCUCCGGCUUCGCCAAGGCGGAGCGCACUAUGAAGAGCCUCUACAUCCGACGCCUCCACCUCUGGCCCCGCUUCCACGUUCUUGCUGCAGCAGACCUCGAGCGCGCCCCACCCGAGGUCGUCGACGUACGCGUCCCCAUGACCCAGCCCAUGAGGGGCAUCCAGGCAGCCAUCCUCGAUGCCAUGGACGCCUGCCUCAAGGAGCUGAGACGGACUAACAAGGUCGAUGUCGAGGACCUCACCGUCGACAAGGGCCUCUUCAAGUCCUUUGAUGAGAUCGUCAGGAGGCAGCUCGACCCCAUCUGGCACACGCUUGGCAAGAAGACCAAGCAGCUCGUCGCCGACCUCAGGACGCUACGCAAGUUGCUUGAUUAUCUUCUCAGGUAUGACGCCGUGACAUACUUGAAGUACCUAGACACACUCAGAGUAUCUGAAGGCGUCCGAUCUGUUUGGAUCUUUGCUGAUUCAAGCCACAAGAUAUUUGACCUUUCAAAAAGGCGUGUCUACCAGGUUGUGAGAGCAGACGGUACAAAGGUUGCUGCAGACAGCAAGGGCACACCAACAAAGAAGAGGAAGGUGGCACACAGUAGUAGCAGGAAAGGAAAAGAAACUGAAAACGAGGAUUCCAAUGAUAACAAGGACAAUGCUCAGAAGGUUCAUGCGGAGACAGGCGUUGUAGUGGAGGAGAUUUUAGAAGAAUCGCCUAAAUGGAAGGUUUUACGGGAACUGUUACAGGAGAUAGCAGAAGAACAGGCAAAGGGAGAUGGUGACAAUGUAACACCUGUUCAUGAAGACAGACUUAAUGAGAGUGGCAUAGUUUUGAUAGCAUGCAAAGAUGAGCGGUCAUGCUUGCAGCUGCAAGAAUGUAUGUCAAAAGGCUUGCAUCAGGUCAUGCGGGUCGAGUGGGAGAAAUACUUGCUUGGCAAAGCUGAACUUCAUGGAUUACAUAGAAAGAACAAGAAGACAUCUCAGCAACCAAAAGGGUUUGGGGUUCUGGAUGGGGAAGUUCCUAUGAGGUCUGGUGAGAGUGCAGGUCCUGUUAGCAUUAGCAAGCUUGAGACUAAUGCCUUACUUGCGGCUGCCUCUGAAAUAAGCACUGUAACCAAGGAAGCAAAUCGUGAUGAUGAUUCAAAUGUCAACUGUAGGAAGAGAGGAUUGGUAAAAGGAAAAGGUAAAUUUAAGAAAACCAUGGCAAAGAGAGAAGCCAAUAACUUGAGAAACAGAAAUACUACGGAACAUACUAAUUUGGAAGUUGAAGGUCAAUCAGUAAAAACAGAUGAACAUGAGAUUGAUGCCUGUAAGUUGUCUGCAGAAGAUGAUUCUGCAUCAGCUCCAGCUGUUGACAAAGCUGUUAACUGUAUGUCUGCUUUUGGAGACUUUGUGGAUGCCAAACCGCUACCUCAUGUGCAAUUUUAUGCCCUAGACAGUGAUCACCAUGUACUUGAUGUAUGGAAACCUUCUGUAAUUAUUGUUUAUCAUCCAGAUAUAACAUUUGUUAGAGAAAUUGAAGUAUACAAGGCAGAAAAUCCAUCGAUGAAGUUGAAAGUAUACUUUCUUUUUUAUGAAGAUUCUGCUGAGGUACAAAAAUUUGAGUCCAGCAUUCGCCGGGAAAAUGAAGCAUUCGAGUCUUUGAUCAGACAGAAGUCGCUGAUGAUGAUACCUGUUGAUCAGAAUGGCCGUUGCAUUGGACCAACUCUUGCAAAUGAACCAGAAGCUCUUUUAUCUCAAAAUUCAAUAACAAGAAAGGCUGGUGGUAGAAAGCCACCAGAGAAGGAGAUGCAGGUUAUUGUGGACAUGAGAGAAUUCAUGAGCAGUCUUCCUAAUGUAUUGCACCAGAAAGGGAUUCGAAUAAUACCUGUUACCUUGGAAGUCGGUGACUAUGUUCUUUCUCCUUUGAUCUGUGUUGAACGAAAAAGUAUUGCGGACUUGUUCCAAAGCUUUGCUUCUGGUCGUCUGUACAAUCAGAUUGAAACUAUGGUUCGGUAUUACAAGAUCCCGGUGCUUCUGAUAGAGUUCUCACAAGACAAGAGCUUUUCCUUUCAGUCUGCAAGUGAGAUUGGCGAUGAUGUAUCUCCGAGAAAUAUAAGCUCUAAGCUUUCAUUACUAGUCCUGCAUUUUCCUCGGCUUCGCAUAGUCUGGUCUCGCAGCUUGCAUGCCACGGCAGAUAUAUUCCUAUCACUCAAAACAAAUCAGGAUGAACCUGAUGAGAGCAAGGCAAUGAGAGUUGGUGUGCCCUCUGAGGACGGGGUUGUGGAGAAUGACGUGAGGGCUGAAAAUUACAAUACAUCCGCGAUUGAAUUCUUAAGGAGGCUUCCUGGUGUGACAGAUUCAAACUAUAGAGCAAUAAUGGAGGAAUGCAAUAGCUUAGCAGAGAUGGCCCUGCUACCGCUAGAACGGCUAUCUGAGUUGAUGGGUAGUCAGAAAGGGGCACGCAUGCUCAAGGAGUUUCUUGAUGCCAAGUGUCCGACUAUGCUCUAGAGUAGUUUUGUAAUUGUUGUUGUAUACCAAUUAAGGGGUGUUUAGUUAUGCCAUAUUUAGUUCCUAAAAAGUUUUUCAAAAACAUCACAUCGAACAUAUAAA